CACAAAAAGUGCUAAGAAAACCGUUGACCUUAACCGUUACGCUCAAAGACUCACCCCAACAGGAACCAUGGUCUAACAAAUCCCCAUAAGUCAUCACAAGUCAUAUUUUCUAACUACAAACAUGGAGUCCCCAAAGAUAGUUUACAAGUACUAUUCAAACCCAGCGUUUUGCGCGCAAAGUGAAGUUGUUUUCGCUCAAAAGUCAUGCGUAACCAAAAUCGUAUCACCAAAUCGAAGAAUGCCACCAUUAGGGGGGAAUUCGCCGCGGAAAAUGGAAACAAAUCGAAUAAUGAGAACGGAUAUAUCCGAUAAUCCUUUAAGAAUCCAGCCUGGAAGACGGGAAGAACCACCGGAGUUGCCGCCAAAACCAGCGAAAUACCAGUUCCACAGGCAAGCCUCUAUGGUCUACAAGCCAUCUCGUUCUGUCGUUCGAUGUAGGACGAGGAGCGAGGAUUUAGAAAUGGCACAGUUCAGACAAAGUCAGCAAAUCAAGUAUGAACGAAACGCCGAGAGUGAUGACAAUUUAGAAGAUAGUCGAGCUAGACACAGAUACGACAUUAGAUCUAAAUAUAACAGAAGUGCAGAUAGUGAUGAUAUAUUAGAAGACAAUAGAUUAAGGCAUAGAUAUGAAAUAGAUGUUGAUGACGGUAUAGAUUAUUCUCCAACAAAGAAAAGGAUUGUCGAAGCAGACGAAAGCGAAAUAGAAGAGUAUAAUGUGGACGGACCAGAUCAGAACGAAUUGAAGGAAAUACCAACCGAAAUCGUCAAGACAGUUAAUGGGAGAACUCAUAGGUACGCAAUAGUACCAUCAGAUGACGAAGACGUAAGAAGAAACGUCACAUUCACAUCACCACAGAUGACAAAGAAGAAUCUCAUAGCCACUCAGAAAUUACACGAACUGUUAUCGACGCCAAGGAAAUUGAAGAGCUACGCGAGCCAACCGUCAGUGAGGAUGACACCAAAUAAAGUGGAUAGUCCUAGAUACCCUGGGACACCUAUGAAAAUUAUUUCUAGCACACCAACUAAGGUUACCCCUUCGAAAUCCUGCGCAAACUUGACAUUAUCGAGAAAUAUCACUCCAGCUACAUCUCCAAUAUCACCCAAAGCUCAGCAGAAGUUAAACUAUGGUUUAUCAGAUUACGAUAGACAAGAUGUUUUUAUGACUAGCUUUAGAGAUAAGAGAGAACGGAGUUUCGAAAUGGAUCGAAGGGAGAAUAGCAGAGAGAGUAGAAGUGAUCGAAGGGUGGAGCAAAGACGGGAUAAGAAUACAGCUGUUAUCAUUCCUAGGGUAGCAGCACAAUCACCAUCUGUUUACUCAGAAGACACAUACAAGUCAUUUUCGAGCGUAAAGACAAACGCUACAGCUGCCUCGCUCACGAUAGCUGCACUUAUGUUGACGCUCUGUGGCGGCCUGACAGCCGGCUUGAGUUUCUAUAUGAUGUACACUAUGGGGCGUCGUUAUUACCUAGAUUUUGGAGUGCUAUCCGGUUUCACAUGCUUCUUACUUGGUCUGCUGGGCUUCAGGUCCAGAAGAAACCAGUUGCUGCCAAAUAGAAACUACAUAUCAGGAUACAUAGUGCUCUCAUCAUUUUCACUGCUCAGCGCCUUCGGACUUCUCAUCCUGUUAGUAGUGCAACCGAAACCCGGUACAGCACUCAACGAUAUCACCUCCGGAGCUGUUUGCAGCAUCAGCAUAUUGUCGCUAUGUCUGGCCUCAGUGGGCAUAUUGGCCUCAUAUUGUUGCGCCAGGGAUCCUCCCGAUAAUAGGGUUGGCACUGCUAGGUGCACCAUGGCGGACUAUCAGAUCAGAGAGGCAGCAGAAUCACUGCUGAACAGUGUGACCAUUCCACCAGGGUACAGGAAUUUGUCACACUCUCAGUCAGUGAACCUGGUCACAGAAGAUUUUGUGGCUGGCCACCGCCCGCAGGGCAGAAUGUCGUCCGUCCGUCGCUUCUUUUGCCUGUUCGUCACCUUCGACAUACUGUUCACUAGUUUAAUGUGGCUUAUCUGUGUUAUGAUGAAAGGCGAGACUCUUAUACAAAUCAUGAACAGGGAAAUAUUGCAGUAUGAUAUAAAGGUGUCCUUGUUUGACAUAGUGAUAGUUGCCAUACUGCGGUUCCUAACAUUGUUAUUAUUCUAUGCUAUACUCUACAUUAAUAAUUGGAGUGUUAUUGCUCUCUCUACGGGUGGUACGUGUGCCUUUUUAAUAGGAAAAGUCUUUGUUUACGACUGGCCGAACGCUUCGCAGCCGGUGUACCAGGUGUUUCUUAUCCUCACAUCGUUCACAUUAGCGUGGGGGGAAGCCUGGUUCCUGGACUUUCGGGUGUUGCCGCAGGAGUUGCAGGCCAAGGAAAUAAUGGGUCACCAGGGCCCCAGCAGCUCGGAACGGGAACCCCUGCUGAGGGGCCCGAGAUACCCGCGCGUCGCGUCCACGCACGGCGAGUCUACCGUCAACUGGUUCAGUCCCGUCGAGACCCCAGAGGCCAGUCCCCGCCCCCGGAGGCCUGGGGAACAGCUCAUAUUGACUCAGGACCAGAUAGACGAAUAUACAGCGAUGGCUGAGGAAAGUAUGCAGAACGCAUUCAAGACCAUCCACCUGCCGAACUGGCGAUUGGAAAAGCGGGGUUCGCAGAAGGGUGACAUCGUGGAGUCAACACAGACCGAGCAGUUCGGGAAAGUUUAUAGGUUCACGGGCAUUGUCGACUGUCCGGCCAAGUUUUUGUAUGAAGAGUUCAAGGACAACCUCACCAAGCUACCAGAGUGGAACCCCACAAUACUCAAGAGUGAAUUGAUUAAGGAUGUAGGGCCUGGUAUCGACCUGUCGUACCAGAUAACUGCGGGUGGCGGGCGCGGUAUCAUUGCUCCGCGAGACUUUAUAAUACUAAGAAGAACCGCCCAGCUUUCCAAGGAGGGUAAAGUAGUAACAAGUGACCCCUACUGUUACAUAACCAGUGGGGUCAGCGUGGCAGUCCCCGGUUACCCCCCUGUCAGGGAUAUGGUCAGGGGUCACAACAAAGUGGGUUGCUGGUGCCUUGCCCCCAAGGCGGUGGAGACCCAGGGGGGUAAGAUCGAACAGAAGACCGUCUUCCAGUGGCUGAUGUGCUGCGACCUUAAGGGUAAAAUCCCCCAGUUCGUGCUUGACGCCGCGUUCGCAACUGUGAUGCUAGAUUAUAUAGUCCACGUGAGGAAGUUCGUCGCUGACAGCAAAGCGAAAGGACUUUUCUAGGCGGGGGGUCUUCGCUUUGCUUAUUGAUGACAUUGGUGGGAAUUAAUGAUGUAAUUAUUUACUUUUGUUACACAUAUUGCAACCCAAUGCAAAAACGAAACGCAAUCGGGGAUUCCUAUAAAUAAUGAAUACGUUUAGGUACUGUCUUCUCUUGUCUUGUUUAUUUAAAUGAAAUCGAUUCCUUAUUUCUAGAUUUAAAAUUGCUGCAAUUAAAUCAAUCAAUUGUACCAAUGGUAACGUAAGCAUGGGGGGGCAAGCUUUGCUUACUUUUACUGACGAGGGGGAGGGGUGGGGUAAUAAUGGCGUAAAAUCUGCUUACGUAAUACUUGAACAGCCCCAGAAGACUUUACUUUGCCGAAGUCCGUGAUAAACAAUGAUGACUAGUUUCGUCGUCAUUCACCCAUUACUGACUCUCCAGGGCACGGGUCUUCUCUCAAGAAUGA